AUGUCUAGCUCGCCAAUACCACCGCAACAAUCACAGCAACAAGCGGACCCAAUGGCGCCAAACGUUGAAGACUUAUAUCUUGAAUCAUAUGCAUUUACUACUGCAGCUGCUAUUGUUGGGUCUGUUGAUAGGAAAAUAUUUGUUUUAUUGAGAGAUGGAAGAAAUUUGUUUGGGAUUUUAAGAACAUUCGAUCAGUUUGCUAAUUUAGUGCUACAAGAUACCAUAGAGAGGAUCUACUUGGAUUCUGACGAUGAGACCGACGAUUCGCGUCCAAAGAAGUUUGGUGAAGCGUAUAGAGGUGUUUUCAUGGUAAGAGGUGAGAAUGUUGUCAUGAUGGGAGAAUUGGACAUUGACAGAGAAGACGAUCACUUGGAAGAAUUGCAACAAGUUUCUUUCGAAGAGGCCGAAAAGGAGUUAAAAGUUCGUCAUCUGAACAAAGUGAAACAAGAAAAGCUCAAAACUAAGAAAUUAUUGUCAAAGGGACUUAUUAAUGAUUUUGUCAAAUCUGAUUUGUAUUAA